GUCGCCGCCCCGCCGCCGCCGUCGCCGCCGCUGCUGCCACUGCCUCCGCACCCGGAGAGGAGCAUGUCUGCAACUCGAGCCAAGAAAGUGAAGAUGGCCACCAAAUCGUGCCCCGAGUGCGACCAACAGGUUCCUGUUGCAUGUAAAUCGUGUCCCUGUGGUUACAUAUUUAUUAGCAGAAAACUUUUAAAUGCAAAACACCCAGAAAAAUCACCACCUUCUACAGAAAACAAGCAUGAGGCCAAGAGGAGGCGAACAGAGAGAGUUAGGCGAGAGAAGAUAAAUUCUACAGUAAAUAAGGAUUUAGAAAACAGAAAGAGGUCUCGAAGUAACAGCCAUUCAGAUCAUAUCAGACGAGGAAGAGGAAGACCUAAAACUGCAUCUGCCAAAAAACAUGAGGAAGAAAGAGAGAAACAGGAAAAGGAAAUUGACAUCUAUGCUAACCUCUCUGAUGAAAAGGCUUUCGUGUUUUCAGUCGCCUUGGCAGAAAUAAAUAGAAAAAUUAUCAAUCAAAGACUUAUUCUCUGAUAUUUGUCUGCACAAUGUGUUGAAACUUUCUUCAGGAUUACAUCAGCAAAUUCUCAAACAGUUGUGGACUCUCAGGAGCAUUCUGACUGCAUCAAUAAGGGCCAUUGAUUGUUUUUUUUUCCCUUGUCAUUUAGCCUGUGCCACACUUUGGGAGCAAAGCUGUAGGCUUGGACUGUUCUGGGAUUUCCUUGUUUACCGAGGAGUAUUGUCAGUGUUUUGUGUUUGGGAUAUAAGUAAGUAUAUUUACCAAAAACAAAAACAAACAAAAACAAAAACAAUGGAUGGCUGUUAAAGGGUAAAGGGGUAGGGGGUGGGAGUGGAAGAAUGAAAACUAGGGAAAUAAAACGCUUGUUAGUUUUCAGGUUUGCCACCAGAGAUGCAAUAUUUUAAGUACUUGGAAAAAGAGUGACUUUUAAAAAUAUAUAUUUCAGAUUUUCAGCACUAACAGAUUGCAUAUAUACAGUUCAUUUACUUUUAAUAAAUUGGCAAUUGAUAUUGAAUGGGGAAUUAAGAAUAUAAACUGUAAAUUUUGUCUUGAUUUUUUUCUUGGCCUUUAUUUUUAUGACUUAAGGUAUGAGUUAUAUUUUGGGAGAUACUUUCUAGACAUUUGGGAAGUUUGGGUGCUAUAUGAAGAAAAACAUUUAAGGAUAUAUCAUACUUCAGAUAUAAACAUCUUGUUUUCUUGAAUGUAAUUUAUUUAUUGGUUUAAAAAAAACCUUUUCUGCUCUCAAGAUGGUGCCUGUUAACCUAAACAUAAGAUAUAUUUAUUACAUACAAAAUAUUUCUUAGCCACUUUUAAGCAGUAAUGUUUUAUCUGAAUGGAUGUUCAUUUAUACAUCCUGAUAAUUAUUUAAAUUGUUACUUAACCUCACUCUGGAAAAAAAAUAAACCUUAAUAUUGAAACUAAUAGAUUAAUAGUGUGGUAUAAGUUUGUGCUCUAUGAAGUUGUGAACUAUAUUUAAAUUCUUAGUUUUUCUAGUCAUAAAUGAUAACUGUUUAUAGCUGAUUUAUUUUAUACUAGAUGCUUUUGCAUUUUUGCAUAUCAAUUUAACAUUCAAAUUUGACCAUAACUUCCCUUAUUUCAGGUACCUCCCUCUCCCACCCCAGUGGCCAAAUCUGUUUGGAAGUCCAGAAGCCCUAUUAGUGAAGGUAGUCAUCAGCCAGAUUUAACUUUAAGAGAAUUUCCCUUUCAGUUUCAAUAGUAGCAUUGGCAGCUUCAUCCUGCAUCUCCCAUCACCUCCCAAAAGAAAAAAAGAUUCACAUUUUUUCCUAUUUCAUUUAAAUGGUAGCCAGCAGAGGGAGCUUAAGAGGUACUCUAGGUAGGAUGCAGAAUUAUUCUAAGAAUUUUCUAAGAAUUCCUUUACCCCCAAUCCCCCUAUUUACCUGCAGGUACUACUACAAUUAUCUUGUAUGCAUUUUAAAGCUCUAGUAAUAAAGUUUAUUCCCAAGCAUGCUAAUGUGAUUUUAUCUUUGAAAUAUAAGAAAACUAUUUUUAAUUUGACAAAAAAAAUAAUAUCUAAAAUGCUUGUGAGUAUAUAUAUGUCCUCAGAAAAAGGGAGAAAAGCUUAUGGAGUAGGCAUCUCUUUAAAGAAUUAUUGAUGUCAGAAUCUAUCCAUUUAAAGCUGGAGACCUUAGAGGAAAGUCAUGUUAAAAUAGUCAUGUAUACAAUAAGGGUGGAGACUGGUGACUAGGCUGGAACUUGCCAUGUGAAGAGAUAAUUUAUUUCAGAUGCUCAUAAGGUUAAAUCAUUGUCUUAUUUAAAAAGUUCUUUGGCAGAGGGACAAAUUAAGCUUCUCCUAUUUGUGAUGUAACCUAUUUAAAAAAUUUCUCUAAAAAUUGUAUUCUCUGAUAUGUUUAUAAUCUAUCUCACUAUAAAGCUGAAUUUGUCUAAAAAUGUUGUAAUGGCCUCAGAAUAUAUUACUUGUUAUUGGUGUUUAAGAAGCCUUUAUUAUCAGCAGAUAUCCUAAGAACAUAAUUGUAGUAAUUUAAUUAUAUAAUCCAAAAUUUAUUCUGCUCUAAUAUCUGUAAGUGAUAUGAUUAUUCAGAAUGCCCUAAAAUGAUUCCAUAAUUAGAUUAGGUCCAUUGAAGAUAUGUUCAUUCUUAAAUGUGAACAAAAUUAAAUACAAGGUAUUUGGGAGUUGUUAGGUUAAACUAUACAAAUUUGUAUGUUUACCUCCUCCACCCAAUCCCAUUGUAUUCCAGAGUGUUUUCAUUGGGGGGUGGGGGGGAAGGACACUUAAAUUUUUGAGAUUUAAUUUUUUUUUAAAACAACACUUCUUACAUUUUUAUGGGCAGAGAAGCCUUCGGUUGUACUUAAUGUAAGUUAUUUAAGGAAAUCCUGCAAAUUAUUUCUUCUGUAGCAAUCAAUGGAAAUGAUCAAACAGCUUGAGACAGUUUAGAUCAUGAUGACAUAAAAUAUAAAAUUAUAAAUGACUUAAAAGUUUAGCCAGAAUAAAUGCAUACUUUUUGAAACUUCAAAAGUACUUUAAAAAAUAA